AUGGCGAAGAACGCGAAGCCUGAAAACCAUGCCUCGGACGAAGAAAUGCCCUCUGUCGAGGAAAACCUCUACAAGAUUCUAGGCGUUGCAUCCGAUGCGACACCAGAAGCCAUCAAAACCGCAUACAAAAAGAGCGCCCUGCGAAACCAUCCCGACAAGGUGAGCGAAGAUGCCCGCGCCGAAGCCAACGCAAAAUUCCAGCAGAUCGCGCUAGCAUACGGUGUUCUCUCCGACGCGCGCCGACGAAGUGUGUACGACCGCACCGGCAGCACGGACGAAGCCUUCGGCGAAGACGGCGACUUCAACUGGGCGGACUUCUACCACGAACAGCUCUCGGCGAUGCUGGACUCGCGUGCUAUCUCCGACUUCCAGAAGAAAUACCAAAACUCAGACGAGGAAAGGAAGGAUCUGCUCGCUGCGUAUGAGACGCACGAGGGUGAUAUGGAUGCCAUCUACGAUACCGUCAUGCUGUCUAAUGUGCUCGACGACGAUGAGCGAUUCCGCGGGAUAAUUGAUCAGGCUAUUGCUGAUGGGGAAGUUGAGGACUAUGAACGUUAUUCUAAGGAGUCGGAGAAGAAGAAACAGGCGCGUGUGAAGAAGGCGAAGAAGGAGGCGAGGGAGGCGGAGAAGUUGGGGAAGGAAAUUGAGGAUAAGAAGAAGAAGAAAGCCGGGGCUGGGUCGAAGGCUGCGGCGAAUGAGGAUGACCUGCUGGCUAUUAUCACUAAGCGUCAGCAGGAUCGUGGUGCUGGUUUCCUUGCUCGUUUGGAGGAGAAGUAUGCGCAGCCUGGUAAGAAGCGUGGUGCGGAUGAUGAGCCUCCGGAGGAAGCUUUUGCUGCUGUUGGGGCUCGGAAGGGGUCGAAGCCUAAGUCGAAGAGGGCUAAGGCCUAG